GUCAUUUUCAUUACAGCUGUAGAUCACUAUAGACCAUUUCAACGGCUAUUCGGCUGUUUAAGGAAGUGACGUCUGUGGUCCUCGGACGUUUCCGGUUAAUGUUCGAGCGCAUUCAAAACAAUGGCGGCAGGCGCUUGAUACACAGUAGGAUUGCGAUAAUUUAUUUAAUCCUGCUGUUUAAAUUGUCGAAAUUAAAAUUGAGAUCCUUGUUGCUCAGUGGUUGGGUGCUCCCUCGGUGCUGGAACCAACAUUCAUUUAUAAAUAAUCGAAAAUUAAAGGUUAGAUUUCCGAGAAACGCACCUGGAUUGCAGAAGUGAAGCGAGAAGCAGAAUAGCAACUCUAGGAUAUACAGCGAACAUUUCCAUCCAGUCGACGCUACAGAGCUCUGAGCACCAGAACAGCCAGCACAGGAACAGUUUCUUCCCUCAGGCAAUCCAUCUCAUGAACACCUGACAAUAAUUGUGGAACACACACUAUUUAUACACUUAUACACUUAUUUAUCUAACACACAUACUUAGUCUACAUUUCAAUCUGCACAUAAUAUACCUGUACAUAUAACUGUCUAUUGUUAUAUACCUGUACAUACAAUUGUCAAUUCGUAUAUUGUUAUUCCUUAUUUACUUGUUCUAUUGUUUAAUUCUUCUUUUUAUUAUCUGUGUUUUUUGUCCUGUCACUGUCAUUCUGUCACGCUGUGGAAGCUUCUGUCAUGAAAACAAAUUCCUCGUAUGUGUAAACAUACCUGGCAAUAAAGCUCAUUCUGAUUCGGAAAAACAUUAAAAAUAAUAUACAGACUGACCCAGCAAUGCAAGUGAAAUGUCAACUAAUCAGCUCCCCGGACAUCUUGGCGACAAACCAUGAUAAGUACUCUCAAGCUAAGCGCACAGAGCAUCAGAUUAAACAGCAGUUUGAGAAGCUUCAUCAGUUUCUCAGAGAUGAAGAAGAAGCUACAAUCACUGCACUGAGGGAGGAAGAGGAGCAGAAGAAGCAGAUGAUGAAGGAGAAGCUGGAGGAGAUGAACAGACACAUCUCAGCUCUUUCACACACAAUCAAAGACACGGAGGAGAUGAUGAAAGCCGGUGAUGUCUGCUUUCUGAAGGAGUUUCCAGUCUCAAUGGAAAGAGUCCAGAUCUCAUCACAGCCGGAUCCACAGACGCCUUCUGGAGCUUUGAUUCAUGUGCCACGUUACUUGGGCAACCUGCCCUUCAGAGUCUGGAAGAAGAUGCAGGACAUCGUCCAGAACACUCCUGUGAUUCUGGAUCCAAACACAGCUCAUCCACAUCUCGUCCUGUCUGAUGAUCUGACCAGUGUGAGAUGGAGCAGGAAAAAACAACGUCUUCCUGAUAAUCCAGAGAGAUUUGAUGAGUAUUUCUCUGUUCUGGGUUCAGAGGGUUUUAACUCAGGAACACACUGCUGGGAUGUGGAGGUUAAAGAAAGCUCAUGGUGGAUUCUUGGAGUAACUACAGCAUCAAACCAGAGGAAGGGAUGGGGUUUCUUCAACACUUGUGUCUGGAGUGCAGAGUAUUAUCAGUAUGGUUGCUCUAAAUACUUUGGCUUUCGUGUUGAACAGCAGCUUGAUCGUGUGAGAGUGAAUCUGGACUAUGACAGAGGAACGGUGUCAUUCUCUGAUCCUGUAACUAACACACAUCUACACACAUUCACAUCCACCUUCACUCACACACUCUUUCCAUUCUUUGAAAAUUCUUCUCCUCUGAGGAUCUUAGCGAUCAAUAGUCAUACAACUGCAUGUUAAAUGUCCUUUGCAUAAAUUGUGAAUGUCUUUUUCAGCAUUAAAAAAGUAAUUGAGCAUUUCUUAUGUUCUGUGAGGAAUUGUUCUCCUAAAAUUUACACUGUCCGUGUCCAUCCCUGUUACUAUAUCACCCAUUCUGACACGGUGGAUGAGCCGGACACUACACUGAUUUCAUUUUAUAAAAGCUCCAUUGAAAUGUAAAUUGACAGGUACUCGCUGUAAUUAUUAAAACAUUAUUUGUAGCAACCGUUGUGUGUACAUUGUGUCCAGUGUACUUGCGCUUGGAAUUCUUUUUUUUCUUUUUUUUUCUUCUGCCACAACCCUUUUUGAAGGGAAAACCCUGUGUCCCUUCUACAUCUGUUGUACUAUUUGACAACAACCUUUUCCAAAUGUCUUGUCAAAUGACAGGCUAUUUUUUUGUACAUGGACCACCCGCUGGACUGGAGUGUGAAGCGUCGAGAGGAGGGAAAUAAUACGGGGAAUAUUUACUUAGUACGUGUACAAGGUGUGCUGAUUUGUUUUCCUUUAAAAAGCCGAUCUGCACAAAUAAAUUAAAAUUGUAGACACGUGUGGUAUUUGAUCAGCAUCAACAGUCUUCGUGGAUUAGAGAAAAACGAGCGAAUUUAUUAGUCACCUAUUUCAUUGAAAAUCACAGUUAUAUAAAGAAGAUAUUUUGAAGAUGUUUCUGAAAAGCUGUUGUAACCCUAUGGAAAAAAUUAAAAAUAAUAAUGAUGUUGUGGCAUAUAUGUAUGAACUCAUUACCAUUAAUUGUGCCUUUAACCAUUUAAGCCCACCGGCAACUAGUUGCCGCAGUUGA